GACCGAAUGUCAAGCCGUUACACGUUGAACGUCUCUUAUUUUAAACUCCGUUCACCACAUACGUUUGGAAGACCCUGCAUGCCGUUCGCCACCUGUGGAACAGCAGUCACACUCAUGGACCCAGGUUUUGCGCUUGAAUACAAUACCGCCGUCGACCUCACGUCCCUAAUCAACAAGCUUGAAUCGCCAAUCACAAUCAAUUCAUUUAGCCAAGUUCAUCGAUGUACCAUGAUGGCCAGCGAAGGCACAAGGGAGGUAGCUGUGAAGGUAAUCAUUAUUGAUCAUAAUAGAGCUAUGCCGAAACUAGAGAAAGCGAUGCGUCGGGAACUUCGUUUGUGGUUGAGAUUGAAACACUUGAAUAUCGUGCCGCUACUUGGUAUCGUACACGUCGAAUCACCAUGGCCAGCUCUUGUUUAUCCAUGGAUGCCAUCUGGGACGUUAUAUAUUUACCUGGAGAAGCAAGCAGCGACCCUUUCGACUUCCACAAAAGUUGGAUUGGUUAAAGGUGUCGCUGAUGGCCUCUAUUAUCUUCACUCGAUGGAUGUUGUACACGGAGACCUUCAACCCGUAUGUACGGUUGUUGUUUCUUUGCGGAUACUGCACUUAUUUGUAAGCCAGGACAAUGUGCUGAUAGGCGAUUCGGGGAAUCCAUGCCUCACAGGUUUCGGUCUCGCAACAGUCGUAGGAGACCCAGAGUUACAGUGGAAUUCGACCACUGCGGCAUGUGACUUCGAUUCUCGAUGGCGUGCACCUGAAGUCAUUGGAAUAGAGUCUGAUGAGCCUGCACGACCAAAUUACGCGAGCGAUAUCUAUUCUUUUGGUAGCAUUAUGUUCUUUAUCGUCUCUGGGAAUAUCCCAUGGAAAGAAAAAAACUCGAAUCACAUCGCCAUUGCGCUGUCAAGAGGAGCCACUCCUGCACGUCCUGAGAACAUCCCCAAUGGUUUCUGGAGUUUGAUUGAACGUUGCUGGUCCCGGAACCCCAUGGAUCGUCCGGGGACUGCACACAUCCUUGAUUGCACUGAUCAGUGCAGGAUCGAUGACUCGCAGGCAUCCAUCUCGGAACUUCCACCUCUUCCCGAAACACAACUGGCACUAGUAGAAGAUCUGACAGGUCAGAUCUUCGGUUCGAUAAAUGACUACGUCGCCGGUGGUGCAUUCGCAAACGUUUACAGAUGUGAAUGGAGAAAACCGUCGGGCCCUGUCAAGAAGGUCGCAGUAAAAACCUUCAGGCACCACAUGAAUCCCAUCUCAGAGCAGGACUUGAGAAGGUUUCGACGAGAAACUGCAAUAUGGGCACACCUCGUCCAUGACAAUAUCGUCACACUUUAUGGAACGACAGAGGGGUUCGGGUCAACUACAGCCCUUGUCUCCCAGUGGUUUCCGCACGGCACGCUGUCCCGUCUGAUCACAGAACAGGGUGCUACAUUAACCAUCAAGUCCAAAUUGAAGCUGCUUCACGGCAUAGCAUCUGGGCUCUACUAUCUUCACUCUUUUCCCAUUGUUCACGGUGACAUUACGAGCUCUAACGUUUUGGUAGAUCUCAAGGAAGAAGAAUACAAGGCUUGCCUAACGGACUUCGGUUUGUCAAAUGUCCUCCGCGGACGUUUAAAAGAGUGUCAAAUUGAAGAAUCGAUUGUUCGGCCUGGUGCCAUCAGGUGGACUGCUCCUGAGUUGCUCAGGUCACGUGAUUCCCCUUCCGAUAUCAAACCGACCACGCAGAACGACAUGUAUUCCUUUGGUCGUGUCAUGUUCCAU